AUGACCAGGUCAGGAGAUAUCCCAACAGAUUGGCUUUAUAAAGGGAAGAGGAAGACAGCCCCUAAGAGUGGCACACGACGGAGUAGGUCUGCUUCUAUCUCGAAUGGUGCAUUAUCUCAAGGUGGCACACCGGUGCCACCUGAAUGGGACAAACACGAGCCCUCCCAGCCUAAGGAGCAGAAGCAUAAGCAACAGCAAGCUGCUGCUGCUGCUGCUUCUUUCACUCCGGUGGCACCUGCGGUGCCACCAGCUCCUACAGCCACCCGUGCAAGAUCUUCCUCUGUAACUUCCUCGGAUCUGAAGAGAACUGAUUCUCUUGGCGAAAGAUCUAAACGGUCCCUUUUUGGUUCACUUUUUGGCAAAAAGAAUUCUCCUACGUUUAAAGAACCUUCAUCGCCAGAAGUAAGGCCUCAAACACCCGCAAGAGUACCGUCGCCUACGCGGAUUGCUCUCAAUAAGACGCAACCAAAGACCGAAGCACCGGUGCAGGAAAUAUCUACUUUAAAGCUCAAGCGUGUGAAUUUUGCAGUUGACAAGUUCGAUUCUGAUCCUCCUCAGCAACUGCCGUCUCGUAAACCAAGGGUGGGAAAUGUACUGGUGCCCAGUGAUAUGAUCAGUGAAGCUCCACCAAUCUCUCAAGGUAUUACUACUCACGGUUCAAGUACAACGACAAAUCCCACGGUUACGAAAGAUUCUCGCGAAUACAAAUUGGCUCUUGAAGAAUACAAACGAGCCGCAAAGGAGUCUAUGAAACAUCAACAGGAAGCACAUUAUGCGGCCCAAAGGAUAGAGCAUGAAGUGGCCAAUUUCAAAAAUCAUCAUACGAAUGCACAGACAACUAAAACUCAAGUGGCGAACCCGGAAAUUGAUAGAAAUAUUGCAAACUUGUCCAUAGAUAAACCUAUCCACAUGCAUGAGCACCAUUUUGCCCCGGUACACGAGGAAGCAACAAAGAAGGAAUUGACAUUGGAUGUCGUUUACACAAGAUGUUGUCACUUGAGAGAAAUCUUACCCAUCCCAUCUACUCUACGCCAGGUAAAGGGCAAGACGGCUCCAUUACAUACCCUCAAGUUCCUGAAUCCCAAGCCAACUUUGAUCGAUAUCCUGUCGUUCUGCGAUUUUAUCUCAGUGGUACCGAUCAAUACCGUUGUUUUCGAUAAAGUAGCAUUGACUCCUGAAAUGUUUAAGACCGUAAUGGUUUCCUUGGUUAACUCACAAUCUCUGGAAAAAUUGAGUCUCAGGAACGUUAACAUCGAUCAACAAGGUUGGAAAGUUUUCUGUAAGUUCUUACUAACCAACAAAUCAUUGACGAAAUUGGAUAUUUCGCAAACCAAGGUAAAGGCAGAUUGCCCUGAGGGAUUACAUCGUGACAAAAUGGAUUGGUCAUUAUUUGCGCAAGUCCUAACCAAGAGAAAGGGUAAGAAUCUUGAAGAACUACUUCUCAAUGGUAUCAAAUUUAGCAAAUUGCCUUUAGAGACUUUCCAGAGAGUUUUGAACUCGUUUUCACAGAGAGAAAAUCUUGUCGUGCCUUUGAAACUAGGCGUGGCAACCUCGGAUAUUAAUCUUGAUUGUCUAAAGUUCUUACUGACGUGGAUGUCUGAGAAUAAGAUUCAAGGUGUUGAUUUGGCGUUCAAUGAUUUGUCGAAUUUCACCAAGCCUCUCGUCAGUAAACUUUGCGCACUUGAUUUUGAUCAUUUGGAAUAUUUCACACUAAACAGUACUGGCAUACCUAAUGCUUACGAUUUGGCGUUGAUCUUAAAAUACCUCUCAACCAUGCCCAAUUUGAAAUUUUUGGAUUUGAGUAGUUUACCACAGGUGUUCCCGGAUGCGUUCCCUUACAUGUACAAAUAUUUGCCAAGAUUCCCCAGUUUAAGUCGAAUUCAUAUCGAUAGCAAUGGGCUCAACUUCAAGGAUGUGUCCAUGGCUUGUAGUAUUCUGGCGAAAUGUAAAUCAUUGACCCACGUUUCGUUGAUGUCACAAGGUCCAUUGGUCGAAAUUGCAGAGGGUGAAGAUGAAGAUACUCAAAAAUUAAAAACCUUUGCAAGAAACGCCCUUUCAGCCACGUUAUACGCAUUUGUUAGAGACUUGGGUAAUUUAGUGGCAUUGGAUAUCGAUUAUGAAAACCUCUCUGAUGAAAUUAAAUCCAGGAUUGCAUUGCUACUGAUGCGUAACGUUAACAAGAAUAUCGACAGUAAUUUCCACCUAGAUGAUGUUAGUUCACAGGAUGAUUUGCUCUUUGAUGGUUCUUUGAUCACAGAGACUGCCGAAGAUAUUUUGAAACGUCUCGAGAAUGAGGAAGAGAUGAAGACGGACGCUACAAGAAGAUACUUGACAAAGAAGUACUUCGAAAAGCUGCAGAAAGUUCAUCACAAAGUACAAUCGACAAUCGAUGAGAUGUUCGAUAAGAGAAGUUCAGGAGAACUACCCUUGCGAGAGAAGGAAAAUUUGGUACGGCUGUUGUUGCUGGAAAAGAACCUAUCCAAUAUCAUGGAAAUCUUCUCAAACGUUCCGAAUGUAUCGCAGGUGUUGGGUACAAGCUCGCUUUCAUUACCGGGUCUGAAGCACGUCGGUUCGGAAGCAGCUUUAUCGGCACCAAGUUCUUCUGAUCAAGAUUUGAACACAAAUCCACAUGUUAUGGCUGCCGAUUCGGGUAGUAUCAUCGAUUGUAUAACGGGUAAGCCUCUAUUGUUGCGCGAAGAUUCGAUGACAUCGGCUUUGGGUAAGAGACAGGAAGAAGAAGAAGGUGAGUUACAUAAGUGGGGUUUUUUCGUCCAACAACAAAGGUCUCUUUAUCCUGAUAGUGACACAAAGACAUUGACAAAUAGUCGUAUUCCUUCUAACCCGACACGAUCGCCCCAAACUUCCCAGACCUCGUCAUCGGCUUCUUCAGCAGCGGAGACGAAGGUUGCACAACCAAGAAUCCUACCAAAGAUUCCUUCAGGUGCUGAAUUACGCGAUGCCAUUAUCAAGGCGAAGGGUAUUGAUUCUAUCGAAGAUUUAAUCCAUAAUGUCAAUAGCGAACACGUCGAGCUGGAAAGCAUAUACGGGGGUUCCUUAAGGUCAAGCAACUCACCCAAAAUUGGUUCCAAGAUUAAGAAAAAUGAUGUGGUCACUGCCACGGCGAAUGAUGAUGCGCAAACAGAUGCCACGGUUAAGCAAAGUUAUGAGAAUUUGUUGAACAAUCUAAAGAUGGAUCGCCCACCCAAGAAAGGAAACAUCAAUCCAACCCAACGUUGA